AUGAGGCCUCACCACGACGAUGAUGCGUCAAAUUAUAAAAAAAGGCAACAAGAAGCAGAAAAUUUACGAAGGGUUGCAUUUUAUGGUGUAGCAUUAUCAACCAUUGCUUCAUUUAUAUGCGCACUUUCCGUACCAAUGUUCUACAAUUAUUUGCAACAUAUACAAUCUGUUAUGCAAAAUGAAGUAGAUUUUUGCAAAUCACGCUCGAGUAAUAUUUGGCGUGAAGUGACCCGAACACAGGUACUAUCACAAGUAAAUGGUGAAGUACGAAGCCGCAGGCAAGCCGGUUACGAUAGCUUUUCGGGCAAUGACGGACGUGGUGGCGCUGGAGUCAGCGGUGGCGUUAUGACAAGUUUUGGUGGAGCCGGAGGGGCGCCUUCGGCACCUGGUGGUGGUUGCUGCGGUUGUGGUGUAUCACCACCAGGACCACCGGGUGAGCCUGGACCAGAUGGAAAUGAUGGUAGAGAUGGUGAACCGGGACCACCAGGUAGAGAUGGAGCAGAUGCGCCUCAAACACCACCUGUGCAACCACGUAUUGACUGGUGUUUCGAUUGUCCGGAUGCACCAGCUGGUCCACCAGGCAAUCCAGGACCAAAGGGUCCAAGUGGCAGACCUGGUUCUCCAGGAAAGGAUGCAGAUGGUGGUAAUAGAGGACCACCAGGACCACCAGGUGAACCAGGACGAAGUGGCGCGCCAGGUCAACCAGGUCCAAAAGGACCACCAGGACCACCUGGAACUGUAUCAGAAAGAUCCUUACCACCAGGUCCACCAGGUCCAGUAGGACCACCUGGUCAACCUGGAUCACAAGGACCACCUGGACCGAGAGGAAAUCCCGGACAAGAUGGACGACCAGGACCACAGGGUGAUCCAGGAGCAGAUGGAGGACCUGGUAAACCAGGCGGCGAUGGAACACCUGGACCGCAAGGUGAACGUGGAUCUUCUGGUUCAUGUGAUCAUUGUCCACCACCACGAACAGCGCCUGGAUAUUAA